AUGGACAGGAGCCUGAGGAAUGUGCUCGUGGUCUCACUGGGGUUUCUGCUUCUCUUCACGGCCUACGGGGGGCUGCAGAACCUGCAGAGCAGCCUGUACAGCGAGCAGGGCCUGGGGGUGGCCGUGCUGAGCACGCUCUACGGCGCUGUGCUGCUGUCCUCCAUGCUGCUGCCGCCGCUGCUCAUCAGGACGCUGGGCUGCAAGUGGACCAUCGUCGCCGCCAUGAGCUGCUACGUGACCUUCUCCCUGGGCAACUUCUACGCCAGCUGGUACACCUUGGUGCCCACCUCCAUCCUGCUGGGCCUGGGGGCGGCGCCGCUGUGGUCGGCCCACUGCACCUACCUCACGGUGGCCGGGAACGCGCAGGCGGAGAAGGCAGGGAGAGUGGCCAAGGACGUGGUGAACCGGUACUUCGGCAUGUUCUUCCUCAUAUUCCAGUCGUCUGGGGUGUGGGGCAACCUGAUCUCGUCUCUGGUGUUUGGCCAGACGCCCACUCAAGACCCCAUCCCUGAGGAGCAGCUCCUGUCCUGCGGGGCCAGAGACUGCCUGAUGGCCACGGCGCCCGCCAACGGCACCCAGCGCCCCUCCCAGGAGCUCAUCUACACCCUGCUGGGCGUCUACACAGGGAGCGGGGUCCUGGCGGUGCUGCUGGUCGCGCUCCUCCUGGACCCCGUAGCGGCAGACGUGCAGCGGAAGAGCGGAGGCGAGACGCUGUCCGUCUGGUCCACCCUGCUGUCGACUUUCAAGCUCCUCCGGGACAGACGCCUGCGCCUCCUGGUCCUGCUGCCGAUGUACAGCGGGUUCGAGCAGGCCUUCCUGGCGGGAGACUACACCAGGUCCUACGCCACCUGUGCCCUGGGCAUCCAUUUCGUGGGCUACGUGAUGAUCUGCUUCGCGGCGGCCAACUCGCUGUGCUCUGCGCUGUACGGAAGGGUGUCCCAGCACACGGGCAGGAUUCCGCUCUACGCCUUCGGUGCGGCCACCCACCUGUCUUGCAUCGUCGCCCUCCUGCUCUGGAGACCGAGCCCCGACCAGCUGCCUGUGUUCUUCGUGUUUUCUGGCCUAUGGGGCGUGGCCGACGCCGUCUGGCAGACACAGAACAACGUCCUCUUCGGUGUCCUCUUCGACAAGAACAAGGAGGCCGCCUUUGCCAACUACCGCCUGUGGGAGGCGCUGGGCUUCGUCAUCGCCUUCGGGUGCAGCUCCUUCCUGUGCGUCAGCGUCAAGCUCUACGUCCUCCUGGGCGUCCUGUGUCUGAGCAUGCUGGCCUACGGCACCGUGGAGUACCUGGAGCGCAAGAGCCCGGCCGCGCCCCUUGCUGCGGAAGCCACAGAAGUGGCCGCGGGCGGAGAGAUACAGACGAAAAUGUGAAGGCGGCCCCUCCCCGCCGAGGGCA